CCAGCCAAUCAGAUAAAAGAGGCGGGACCUGGAGCAAAACUGUCAAGACUUGUGACUAGCUUGAUACAGCCGAACUUUAGCCCAUUUUUAUCAAACUUUUUAACAAUAUCAUGGCGCUUUAAUGCCUCAGUGUUUUUUUUACUUGGGUACCACGGAAAUAACGUAUAGUUUAAUGACGGGGUUAAGUAUUUUCUACAGGACUUACCCUGUCUGGCAAAUUAGCUUGCCAUGCUAGCUGGUUUAGAACAGCAUCGACUACAUUCCUCUACGGAUUAUUUUGUUGAAUAACAGCUCAGUCUCUGGUCACUUAGGGGGGGAUUUGGAGCGGUUCGGGUCAUUCGGCGAGGAGCAGGAUGUCGAUACAGUUUGAGGAGCCAGCGUUGGCUGGAAGUUACGAUGUUGUCGGCUCCUUUCCCAAAAGUUUUGGCUACGGGCUGGAGGAAGCAGACAUGGAGGAGAGCCCCGGGUCAGCUGACAAGCCACGGAUACUGUUGAUGGGACGGAGGCGCAGCGGGAAAUCAUCCAUACAGAAGGUUGUUUUCCACAAAAUGUCCCCCAAUGAGACCCUGUUCCUGGAGAGCACCAACAAAAUUUACAAGGACGACAUCUCCAGCACCUCUUUCGUCAACUUCCAGAUCUGGGACUUUCCCGGCCAAGUGGACUUCUGCGACCCGACAUUUGACAGCGACAUGAUCUUCAACGGCACCGGAGCAUUAAUUUUUGUUAUUGACGCUCAGGAUGAUUAUAUGGAAGCUCUUGAGAAGUUGCAACAGACCGUGUCUAGAGCCUACAAAGUGAACCCUGACAUCAACUUCGAGGUGUUCAUCCAUAAAGUUGACGGCCUCUCCGACGACCACAAAAUAGAAACACAAAGAGACAUUCAUCAGAGGGCCAAUGAUGAUCUCGCAGAUGCUGGCUUGGAGAAGGUUCACCUCAGCUUCUACCUCACCAGCAUUUACGACCACUCCAUAUUUGAGGCCUUCAGCAAAGUGGUCCAGAAGCUCAUCCCACAGCUGCCUACAUUGGAGAACCUCUUGAACAUAUUCAUAUCUCAUUCUGGGAUCGAGAAGGCCUUCCUGUUUGACGUCGUCAGUAAGAUUUACAUCGCUACAGACAGCUCCCCCGUGGACAUGCAGUCCUACGAGCUCUGUUGCGACAUGAUUGACGUGGUUAUUGACGUCUCCUGUAUUUACGGGCUGCUGGAUGAUGGCACCGGCUGUGCGUACGACAAGGAGUCUUUGGCUAUCAUCAAGCUGAACAACACCACAGUGCUUUAUCUGAAAGAGGUCACUAAGUUCCUUGCCCUGGUUUGCAUCCUCAGAGAGGAGAGCUUUGAGAGGAAAGGUCUCAUAGAGUAUAAUUUCCACUGUUUCCGGAAAGCCAUCUAUGAAGUGUUUGAAGUGGCCGCCUCCAAACAAAGCGCGGUCCUGAAGCGGGCAAACUCGUCCAGCAGCAGCAGCUUAAAAUAUGCCGCACUGAAUGGAAACGGCGUCUAAACAGAAUAA